UUCAAGUGAACAUUAUGUAUUUAAAGUGUAGAAAAGAAAAAUUCAACGCGUCACGUGAUUAAAGAUCCCGGAAAUACAAUGUUCGGUGACGCAAUGCUUUUACGGUUUUAACGGAAGUAGGCUACAGCAGAGCUAUAAUAAUACAGUAAUAAAGAGCGUGCAUUUGUUGCUGCUAUCAUUGUUUCUGAACCCAAGAGUCGUUGGUCCAAAGCUAAGCCGUCGAUCUGGCGACAACACCAGCGUUUAUUUAAAUUCAUGGACAAAGACAAGUGUGGCGACAAUCGUGCCCAGUGCUCCUGGAUGGACAUGCACCAGUUCAUUGGUGACCUUAUCACAUCUGGAAACGCCUUAAAGGAUCAGCCAGAUGUGCUGAACGCAGCAUGGGGCGUAGCUGGUGGUGGUGAGGUUCUGCGGUUCAAAGGGGGUUCACUUGAACCUCGACCUGCCCGGGACAAGACUGAGGCAGAGGCAGGCCGACGGGUGCAGCCUGGGGCACCACAGAGGAAGGGAGAGGCUAGGAGAGAAGAUGUGCACAAUGCCUGCACCUGCCCUGGCUGCCCUUACUCCACGUCUUCAACUUCCCUUGAGACGUUAAAACCCAGACAGCCUCUGUCCUUGCCCCCACGCUUGGAUGCAGUAUGCCACCCCAAGGACCUUAGCAGUACUGCUCCAAUAAGUCUCAGCAUGUGCUUACCGGACACCACUGAACCAAGCAGCACCACAUCUGAGCUGGAGAACAGGGGGUCCAGCCGACCGCAGAGGGAGGACACAGACAGAGGGACUCAGAAACCAGACCAGACUCCCACUUCCAGAGCGUCCUCAGGCUCAUUGUCCCACCUCUCCAUGUUUCCCUGCUUGUGUUGCCAUCGCAGCCUUCAAACCUGCACCCAGCUACUGAGCCACCAGGAAGGCACAGACUCCCCGUUUUCUCACACCCAUCAUUUUCAUCACCACCGCUGUCCCAUAGCGUCUUGUUUGUCCUGCCCUCAGCUUGCCCGCUCUCAUGCUCCGCAGCUCUCUGGCCCUUUUCCCUGCCUGCCUUGCCAGCGCUCCUUUCCUACCUGUACCCAGGUCUGCCACCACCAGCACGGACAAACCCCCCCUCAGCAACAAGAGGGAAGCAGUAGGGCAUCUACGACCAUGCUGUCGCUCCAUCCCUGUAUGCACUGCUCUGCCUCUUUUUCCAGACCGUCCCAGUUGCUGCAGCACCAGCGCUCUGAGCACGCUCACAAACCAGCCGGCUUCCUCUGCACAGAGUGCGGCAGGGCGUUUAACUCGCACAGCAAUCUCCGCAUCCACCUCAAUGUGCACAGUGGUGCCCGGCCCUACUCGUGCUCUGACUGCGGGAAGAGAUUUAGCCAAUCGGGGGCUCUGAAGAUCCACAGGCGGAUUCACACAGGUGAAAGGCCAUAUUCAUGUGGAUUUUGCGGCAGGGGGUUCCCCCACCUGGCAGGGGUCCGGGCCCAUCAGAGGACCCACACAGGAGAGAAGCCCUACUGCUGUAGUCAGUGUGGCAAAUGCUUCACCCAGUCAGGAGCUCUUAAGAUCCAUAUGCACAUCCACACAGGGGAGAGGCCCUUCAUCUGCAGAUUCUGUGAGAAGGGCUUUUCCAACCGCUCCGGGAUCCGCUUCCACUACCGGACAGUCCACGGGAUUGCCCCUGAUCACGGAGAAGCUGGAGCUGGGGACGCGUAUCGGGGACCAGCAGGCCGUGGUUAUUCACCUGGGCGUCCCAGGACUUAUCCUCCAGCCAGCGUUGGGCUAAACUCACCCAACAAUACAGAGAGCGAUUUGCACACAGCUACAAAUUCCAGAGAGGGUUCUGUGUCGAUCGCUGCUCAUCACAAAUCUCAGUCAGAGGGAGCAAGCCCAGGCAGCAACAGAGAGGGACUUCUGUAUGCAUGUGAAGACUGUGGCCUGCGUUUUAAGGACGCUCCGUCCCGGAACAGACAUCAGACUCUGAUGCACUACUCCUUUGAGGGAGGAGAGGAGGAGGAGGGGCAGAGGAAAGAGUCGGGGACCAACAAGGGGGCUCGCGAUAACAACGCGGUUUGAUUUCAUGUUGUUCAUAAACAACAUCAAAACACCAGAGUAAAUCAUGUUUAAAAACCAGUGUUGAAAUAAUGUGUGUAAUAUAUUCUGUAGUUAGGUAUUGGUCUUUUCAAUUUGAUAUAGCACUCAACUUUUUGAGCCAUUAUAUUAUUAUGUAGACUUAAAUGACAAUGACAAAUUUGUAAGAAGAGAUUCUGUGUGUUAUAUUCAUUAGCUUAAUCAUGGCAGAUUUUUGAUUUGAUAGAAGUUUAUACUUGAUUGACAUUUUUCUAUUAAUGAGGUAUCCUGCUGCCUGUUUGUGCAGGUCCGUCACUGCUACAGGCUUCUUGCUUCUGCAAUCACACACCGGGCCAACUCCUAAAGUUUUUAAUACAGUUGUUUUAUUGUGCCUUAUUCAGCAGUGAGCGAAUUCAUCGCUAAAUGUGACACCACAAAACUUGUGAAAGCAUUUCUAGCAAUGAAAUUACAUAAUUGAGGGUCUUUUGGAAACAUUUUUAGACAUAAUGGAGAACUACCACUCCCACCUAACCCUCAUUAUAUACAUGUACAAUUUUCUGUCCUCUUUAUUUUCAAGUAUGAAAAACAUCAGUCAUAUUAGUUUAUUUAUGUUAAGUUCUUUAGUGAUUUAAUUUUAAUUUGUAUUUUCCAUACAACAAUAAAUCCAUUGGACGUCCCAAGGCAUAGACAAUUAAGUGAAAGUAUGGAAUACAGAGUUAGGUAGAUUUAAGUUGUUGUACAGUAGCUGAAGCCUAACAAAUAACAAGGCCACGUACUGGAAUCAUUUUAAUGUUUAAGGUUUUGUGUCCUGUUCAAGGACAUGCGGUAUGUUCAAUGACCGGGGCUUUUGUCUGUGUAGAUGAAAGUCCUCCAUCCUAGUCACGGCGCAACCUCGCCUGUUGUGCCUUUCUGUGUUAUAUUACACAUUUUUUAAAAAUCCGUAAACUAUGUAUGGAUAACAAUUAUCUGAGGAGUGACAACCAGCAGACAAAUAAUCACACAAUCCGAUAAAGUUAAAAGCUCAAGAGAGCCACCUAGUGGUUACACAUAGCUAUAGCAACAAUAUCCACCACUUACAGUGUACCAUUUAUAAAUGUUUUUUUAAACAAAACAUGUUGAAAUUCUACAUUGUGAAUAUGUUUUGUUUUGUGAGCAUAAGUGACAUAUUUAAUCCACUUUUUUUUGCAUUAAUCUGUUAAAUACAAUGAAGCAUACAUUGCUGUAUGUGUUUUCUGAAAGUGCAGCUUGUGAUUAAACAUUUCAUCUGAGACAC